AUGGAGCCCUUCGCGACGGCGCCGUCGCAGCGGCACCUACCCUUCGGCGCCGCGAGCAACGUCCUCGGCGCGGCGGCCCCGCCGUUCGUCCCCAGGGACCACUACCACCACCACCACCACCAGCAGCAGCAGCAGCCUCUUCACCCACAGGUCAUACUGACGGGGGGACAGACGCAGCAGCAGCCCCUCGGAGCCAAGUCCGCCCCGGCGACGCCCUACUCCCACGGCAUGCACGCCUUACCCGUAUCGCCCCUCACCGGGUGCGUCUCCAUCCCCGGCUCCCCCAUGCGUCCGCUCCAGAGCGGCCAACAGCCGUCGGUGAGCGACUACUUCCACAGACCGAAGGACCUCGGCUUCGCGGACCGCGGCUACUUCCCGAGUCCGCGGAGACCGCAGAACCUGCCGCAGUCGUUCCAGCAGAUCGAGAUCCAACCGACCCAGCCCGGCGCGGGCAUCCACCCGUUCGUCGACCACCAUCAUCAACAACAACAACAACAACACCAACACCAACACGAACUUCACCACGAACUUCACCACCGACACCAACACGUGCCCCCGUGGCUCGCCCCGACGUCCCCGCUCCAAAACCCGCCCAGCGCCGGUAGCUCCCUCGCGCCUUCGCCGCUCGCAUCGCCGAGGACCGGCGGCGUUCAAAGGACGGGUGGGGGUCCGCCGUCGCCCUCGCAAAACCUCGCACUCGCCGGCUCGGGCACGCCGGCGGAUCCGCUUUUCCAUCGCCUGCUGCGACAGGCGCACGGGCAGCAGUGGGAGCAGUCGCGGGAGCAGCAGUGGGAGCAGUAUCAGUCGCCCGUGUCGUGCCCGCCGUGUUCGCAGCAGCACUCGCUGUACAAGACGGAGUUGUGCAGGUCGUGGGAGGAGACCGGGACGUGUCGGUACGGCGCCAAGUGCCAGUUCUCGCACGGCCGCGACGAGCUGAGGCCCGUGCUUCGGCAUCCAAAGUACAAGACGGAGGUGUGCAGGACGUUCGCGCAGAACGGCACGUGUCCGUACGGCACCCGGUGUAGGUUCAUCCACCAGAGGGCGCCCACGAAGAGCGUUCUCGGGACGCUGGUCGCCGGCGCGCACGCGGUGAUACCCUCGGACUGGAGACCCGAGGGGAGGAAGGGUUCCCAGGGCAACGGGCGCGACGGAUCGGGAACGGGGGGAGGCGGGAGCGAGCGCGGCGGCCGACGGGAUUCGGAAGACGCGCCGCGCCGCUUGCCCAUCUUCCAGCGCAUAGCGGCGGACGAGGAGGACGAGGGGGACGAGAAAGAGAGGGAGGCGCUCAUCGCGAGGACUCGAAAGAGGAUCCCGACGCCGCGGGUCUUUCCGGGUCUUUCCGGAAGCGCGGCGAAACCGCCGAGCGCGGCGACCGGUCCGCCGAGGUUCGACAUCGACGGGAGCGCGUGA